ACUUAGUCGAAGCAAUACCCGGUGAAGGCCGAAGGGCGGAAAUACACUAGUGCUCAAUUCCGAUAAGCGUCCAAACCACUUCGGCUGGAUUUCCAAGUUGUUCCUUUCUCUUCCUAAUUUCACACGCAGGGAAGUUUAAAAGUUCGAUUUUGACUUCAAUAUCAUUCUUGAGACCCAUGUGUUAGUUAUGCAUCACUUUCCCCUCUCGGGAGUGUUACUUUGGUGAUUAACGUAUAUUCGUUCGGAUCAGAAUGACGCAUAUUGAUUUAAAAGGAAAGAGUUUGAAUGGUUCUUGGGCGAUCGUUCCGUAGCUUACAGAUUCUUUUCCUAGGCUAGUCGGUGCCACGUUACGCUGAAACUCGAAGAUGCUUCAUUGAUAUCUCCAAUUUGAAAUAAAUAUGCAAGUGUACAUAACAAAGUGACAGCCAUGACCUGUACGUCUUGAUGAGGCAUCGAUAACCAUUUUUACGACCGUCUUUUCGUUCUUUGCUAUUGUCUUGCUUUGGGAAUAGAUGAACUGAAGUGGAUAUAACAUGGUCUUAUGUAUCGUUGGGAUAUUGACCAUCCUUGGAGCUACCGCAAGAGCUAUCGAUGUCCGGCUUGUCAACGGGUCUGCUCCGAACGAAGGACGGGUCGAAAUCCGGCACACGGGCUCUUCCAAUUGGUCAACAGUUUGCGGGACAUACUGGGACAUCAUUGACGUCAUAGUCACGUGUCGACAGCUAGGCUUCCCAGGGGCCCAUGCAUCUCUCAAGCGGUCGGAGUUCGGUCGAGGGAGAGGACGGAUAUCAAGGACGCUGCUCUUUUGUCGAGGUGGAGAACCUAGUUUGAACGCGUGCUCAAAGUCAACGUCACUGGUAUGCAGAGAUGGUCUAACGGCUGGUGCUGUUUGCCAAGAACCGGGGUAUCUUGGUUGCUAUGGAGACAAGACCCACUCCCGAGCACUUGCGGACGUGGUCCACAUCAGCAGGAACAUGACGGUAAUGCUUUGCGUGCAUUAUUGUCAUGCCCGCGGUUAUCCGUAUGCGGGAUUGGAGUACGGCGAGGAGUGUUACUGUGGCGCCCUUGGGUCAAAUUACGCCAUCUACGGCCGGUAUUGGGAUUCGGCCUGCCAGCAUCCGUGCAGUGGGUACGCCAACGAGAGAUGUGGAGGUAUAGGCCGAAUUGCAGUUUAUAAUACAAGCGAAACGAUAUCCACAUCAGCCACUUUACCGCCCCCAGUGCCGCAUACGCCGACAUCAACGCAAGUCAUGUCGACGAUGUCAUUAUUUCCGACGACAACGACAAAGAGAGUAAGCGCCGUCCACGCGACAUCACCUGACACCACGACGAAAUCAUCUCACGUACAAACCCAAAUGAUCAACGGAACAGCUUUCAACGCGCACACAUCCAAUGAUGAAAUGAGAUACCUAGCCGUCAUAAUGGGAAGCCUUCUUACCGUUGGGGUUGUGGUUAUUUCUUUCAUUCUCGUCUGGAAUUUCAAAUUGAGAACCCGGAUGCGAGCCAUCGAGGACAGUCCAUUAAACUCGACCGAUACAGGAAACAACUCGUCGUACGAACAAGGAGACAAAAAAGCACAGCUCGUUUAUUCCGACCUUCUUACGAACGAUGUAACCAAUAACCAUUACGAGUCAUUAAUUACUUCCGGGGCAGGGGAAGAAGACGUGCCCGUUGCGCCGAGACACAGUGAACCACCAGCGGCGGUGGAUAAGCGAAUGAGAAGACACACGAACUUACCUCCACGAAUUCCAACAUAUUUUCCUCAGCCGGAUUUAUAUGAAAAUUACAGAUACUCUUAUAUGCAGUGAAAGACAUGGAAAGUAAUGGACUGAAAUCCAAGGUUUUCAAAUAUGUAUUAAUGAGAUACUGUGUAAAAGUAUUAUUGUACGUGUAUUAGCCAUACGGUGUGUUGAUUAUUUGUUCAUUUUGUCUAUAUAAAAUAAAUUUUAAUCUGCUAGUUGAUUAGAUGCGUUUCUUUAUAUAGUCUGUGUCGAAAUGGGGGAGGGGUGUAGGCGGGUGGGGGCUCGGAGUGGGGGAAGUGGCAGGCCCCGCUCUUUUUGUCUUUUGACGAAUAACUUAUGUUUAAUUCCUUUCCUGUUUUUGUUCUAUCAAACUGAAAUAUACGUAGGUUUCAUUCGAAUAAUACUCCCUGUGAAUUUUGUUCUAUUGAAACUCUGAAUGCAUACAUUCAUCCAAUUAACAAACAUAUAAGCAAUAAAUUCGUGUGGUAAUUUAGCUCAAUGCAACCGAACUUUAGUUUAAAUUUCACCCUUGAUUAUCCCCAAAGUAGUUAUGUUUUCUUUUCACUUUUUUCAAGAAGCUCCUUGAUCAAGAAGCUCCUCCAGUUACUCUUGUUAUUUUUUGUUGCCGAAUUAUUAUUAUUGUUGUUAUUAUUGUUAUUGUAAUUGUUGUUAUUAUUAUUCAUAUUGAACCAUUAUGUAUAUUAUUGCUGUUAUUAUUAUAAUCGUCAUUACUAAUACAGUCAUUAUUAUCAAUAUCAUAUCGUUCUCACUUCCAAUGGUGGUACAAAAGAGAAAUUAUGUAGGGGUAUAUUUCCCUUUUGACUUUUUUAUAAUUUCCUCUUUGAACAGUGCCUGAUCGCGACAGCAGUCAGUCAUGUAAUAUGUUAGAGCCGUAAACAAUUUCUUAAGACUGGUGGACAAAAUUAGAAGGUUAGUCAAAGUCACCAGUUCAACUCUGAAGACUUCAAGAUUUGUAUAUCUUAAGCAAGUGACUAUCACAUGCUCCAUUUAUCCACGAUGGAUUAUGAUAUUUGCCACAGGGCAAUAUUUCAUGCUAUCGCCCGCACCAAAUGUCCUUCAGUGCUUUCAGGAAUAUAUCCCGCUUCAAGAUGGGUCUGUAACCCCAAUCGUUCAGGAGAGGGGUGCUUUAUCAAGUUUCGUUCUUAAGAGUCGAAAGUUUGUUUGACCUUUUUGUGUAAUGCCACUCAUUUAUAUUUCUUAAUCACUAAUGGUUUAUGUUUCGCAAAUUAAUUAGGGGGAAGGGGAUAGAUGUAUUUAUCAAUUUGUGAAAUUAUUUGUAAUAACAUUUAACCUCCAAUUUCCAAACGUUCGAAAUGUAUUAAGUUAUUUCAUUUUAAUCAUUCUUGUAUUUGCUUAUUGCCAAUAUGCUUCUUUAUCAUUGUUUUAUUAUAUGACGUUUUGCAGUUCUUCAUGUACGCACGUCCUUUAUCUAGCAAAUUAUAUUUUACUCAUUAGCAAAUUAAUGAGAAUCAACUCAUUUUUUUUUCUCGAACUGCUAAGCCAAUUAUAUCCAUGAUUUUAGUCACUGCUUAAUUCAAAUUACAACGAACCUAUUCAUAAUCCAAUGAUUCACAUAAUGAAUCUUCGUGGAAGAUAAUUCCUACUAGAAACAGGAUGUGUCAAAGGUUAAAUUCAUCUUCAUAUCAUAUCAUUUUAAUUCCCUGACUCUAUAACUUAUGCAUAGGCCCUAUAGUUACACGAAAUCAAGGUCAAGAAGAAAAGAGUAUAUGGAUGGUUAACUACUUAAAAAAUAAAUACCAAACAAAAAAAAACAAAAAAAAAAAGAAAACUAAACGCUUGAGACAGCGAAAGAAAGUUUCGUUCGUGCACUACCUCGUAAAGACCCCCCCCCCCCCCCCCCCCCCCGUCGUAACAUCGUAACAAACGAUUUUUUUUUAAGUAUUGUGGGAUUUCCACUCUAUUGAUUUUUUUUUUUUGAAUUUUUUUGGUUGUUCUUUGGUGGCAGGCACAUCAAAUGAUUUCUCCUUUCAAUGUCAAAUAUCAUUAGAAUAUUUAACAGAUUUAUGUGUUUAUUUUGUGUUAACUGAAAUAAUGUGAUCCAUGAAUUCACCAAAAAUGUGCGGAAUCCUCACAUCAUGCAAAAAGCGUAUAUGUAAUGGGUCCUACAAAUGCUGGUGUAUUUAUCAACUUUAUAAUUUAAUAAAUUAAUGUAUGAACUAU